AUGGUGCACGUCGUGGGCAUCAGCACCAACUCGGUGGCCGCCAACGCAGCCUUUGCCGAGGCGCAGGGCUUCACGUACCCGCUCCUGUGCGACACGCGCGGCGAGGUGGCCCACAGCUUCGGCGCGGCCCGCCUAGCCGGCCCGCCGGUGCGGGCCCUGUCAUACCUCGGCGUGGCCCUGCCCGCCAAGCGCGUCGCCGUGCUCGUCGGCGCCGCGGGGAGCGUCGAGGGAGCGUGGCCGGACGUGGACGCGAGGCGCUUCCCCGAGGAGCUGCUCGCGGAGCUGGAGGGCGGCACCAAGGGCGACUAG